GUUGAAUGUGAUUUUCAGCAGGUUUGAUGACGUUCAGCGGUCUGGACUCAUGAUUGUGUGUGCCGAUAAGAACAUUGAUGAUGAAGACUCAGUGGAUGGAGGUCGAUCCUCAUCAUCCUCUAAAGGAGCUUCAGUACGGAGAACAGGAUCCACACGCAGACCCAGCUCCGCCUCCAGCAGACCAAGCUCCGCCUCCAGGAGACCAAGCUCUGGUAAAGAGAGCUGUGGUGCCGGAGCUGUGGAUGAAGAAGACUUCAUUCGUGCCUUUGAAGAUGUGCCGACUGUACAGAUAUACUCAGCCCGAGAGCUGGAAGACUCCAUCAAUAAGGUCCGGGAGAUUCUGUCUGAUGAAAAACACGACUGGGAGCAGAGAGUGGCCGCUCUGAAGAAGGUUCGCUCUCUGCUGUUGGCCGGCGCGGGCGAUUAUGAUGGUUUUUGUCAUCAUUUGCGGCAGCUGGACGCAGCUUUCAAGCUGUCGGCUAAAGAUCUGCGCUCUCAGGUGGUGCGCGAGGCCUGCAUAACACUCGGGUCGAGUGCGCACCAGACGCCAGAGUUCAGAGACGCCGACUGGAGGUGGAGCGUCUGUGACUGACAGCAGGGGGCGGAGUCGAGCCAAAGCUGCCUCCCAAUCACAGCCGGGCAGUCGCUCCAGUUCUCCACGAAAGCUCUUGUCGUAUGGAAGAGUGUCUGUGGUUCCUGCAACACACACUCACAGACUCAGUAAAAUCCCUCGCAGUCAAGGCUGCAGUCGAGAGACCAGCCCCAGCAGAGCAGCACAGGCACGGGGCAGUCGUAUCCCGAGGCCCAGUGUGAGUCAGGGUUGUAGUCGCGACACGAGUCGAGAGAGCAGUCGAGACACCAGUCCUGCCCGCGGCUUCAGUCCUCUGGCAUCACACAGACACUGUCGCUCCACGGGUGCACUGACGGGCACUGAUGGUCUGCAGACAGAUCGGUUCGGGCUCCUCCAUCAGGCUCGUAUCUCUGCGUCGGUGAACGCCAUGCGGAUCCUGAACACCGGCACAGAGGUGGAGGCGGCGGUUGCAGACGCUCUGCUUCUGGGAGACUCGAGGAAUAAGCGUGGUCAGGUGCGGCGGCGGUAUGAGUCUCCAGGUGUGUGUUCAGAUGAUGAUGUGAACAGUGAUGCGUCGAGUGUGUGCUCUGAGCGAUCCUUCAGUUCUCGUAACGGGAGUGCGGUCCCACAUCACCUGCGGCAGACAGAGGACGUGGCGGAAAUCCUGAACCGCUGCGCCAGCGCUAACUGCACUGAGAGGAAAGAGGGACUGAUGAGCCUUCAGAACCUGCUGAAGAACCAGAGAGUGCUCAGUCGUGUGGAGCUGAAGCGCCUGUGUGAAAUCUUCACCAGGAUGUUUGCUGAUCCACACAGCAAGAGAGUGUUCAGCAUGUUUCUGGAGACUCUGCUGGACUUCAUCUCUCUGCACAGAGAGGAUCUGCAGGACUGGCUCUUCAUCCUCCUCACACAGCUGCUGAAGAAGACGGGGGUCGACCUGCUGGGGUCUGUACAGGCCAGAGUACAGCGCGCCCUCGACGUCACACGAGAGUCGUUUCCAUACGAUCAGCAGUUCAACAUCCUGAUGCGCUUCAUUGUUGAUCAAACACAAACGCCAAACCUGAAGGUGGGUCACACCGUCAUGCUCAAAUCUCAGGCGUCUCCUGAAGUCAUCAGCAGUGUGAAACCUCCGAAACCCCCUGCGACGCGCAGCAGCCCACUGACUUCACCCACCAGUGGCACACACACCGGACUCUCACCCAGUCGUUUGUGGGGCUGGAGCUCAAAGUCUUCUUCUCUUCUCGCCUCCCCUCACCCCGGCUCCGCUACACCCCCUCUGCGGGCCCCACGGCGGGCGUAUUCGCCCAGUCUGCUGGAGUACGACACAGAGAACAUGAACUCAGAGGACAUCUUUAGAGUGACUGAAGCCAUCCAGAGCUUCAGUUUCCGCAGUCAGGAGGACAUCGAGACCGCCAAACGAGACGCAAAGCGGGAGGAAACAAUUGGUGUGUUGUCAUCUGCUAUGAUGGAGGGCGGCCGGACGGCGCUGGACAACAAGACGUCUUUAUUAAACAUGCCGUCUCCUCGACCGUGGAUGAGAGAAUACAACCCGUACAACUACAGUGACUCCAUCAGCGCGUAUGAGAAAGGAGCGCUCGCAGGGUUUGAGGACACAGAGCAGACACGAGAUGAGCGUCAGCAGGACAGUGGAGAAAACAAAGUCAUGCACCCCAAAGGCUUCUCUGCAGGGCCGCGGCAGCAGCUGGAGCUGGUUGGUGAGCUGCUAAAGGAGCUGUCCAAUCGCAGCGCUCGUGUGGAGGAGAGGCGGGCCGCUCUGCUAGAGCUGCUGAAGGUCACGCGGGACGACAGUUUGAGCGUCUGGGAGGAGCACUUCAAAAGCAUGUUACUGCUGCUCCUGGAGACGCUGGGAGAUACAGACCACACCGUCCGAGCGCUGGCUCUGCGUGUGCUGAAGGAGAUUCUGCGCAGUCAGCCUGAACGCUUCAAGAACUACGCAGAACUGACCAUCAUGAAGACCCUGGAGGCGCAUAAAGACUGCCAUAAAGAGGUGGUCCGGGCUGCUGAGGAAACAGCCUGUACUCUGGCGGGCUCCAUUCACUCAGAGCAGUGCAUUAAAGUGCUGUGCCCAAUCAUCCAGACCGCAGACUAUCCCAUCAGCCUCUCUGCCAUCAAGAUGCAGACCAGAGUCAUCGAGCGCAUCUCCCAUGAUUCCCUGCUGCAGCUGCUGCCCGACAUCAUCCCGGGACUCUUACAGGGCUAUGAUAACACCGAGAGCAGUGUACGGAAGGCCAGUGUGUUUUGUUUGGUGGCCAUUUAUUCAGUGAUUGGUGAAGAUCUGAAGCCUCAUAUACAGCAGCUGACCGGCAGCAAGAUGAAGUUACUGAAUCUGUACAUCAAGCGAGCUCAAACCAUCAACAGCACCAGCAGCAGCUCUUCAGACGUGUCGGCACACAGCUGAACACAUUAGACUGUAAAAUGGACACACACACACACACACGCAAACACACACACUUCAACGCUUCAUCUGUCCUCCACACACUUCAUCAAAUGCUUUAUUACAGUGACCACGACUGUAUGAAUGUGUGUGUGUGUGUGUGUGUGUGUGUGUGUCUGUAUGCAGUGUGCAUGUGAGUCUACAUCUGUGAGUGUGUGAAUCUGUGCAUGUCCCUGAAAUAGUGU